CUCCAAUGGGAACAACGAGAGUGCCCGCCAUUUCAAUGUGUGCUUACCUUUGUGAGUCAAGCAGUUCAUGUAAGGUAUUCCACUACAAUAACAUCUCACAGGAAUGUAGCCUUUAUAACAGUCAGAACCACAGAGAUGUCGGGGAGGAAGUGGGCAGUAAUCACUUUCAAAUCAUGCCGAAAGCUUGUGUACCUGGAAAGGACGAGUGGAUUCCUGACCUACAAAAAUGCAUAUACACUCACGCAACUCCAAUACUCUACAAAGACGCCCAAGCAACGUGCCAUACAAUGUCUAAAGAAUUGGUGAGCUUGGAAACCACUCAGAAGUAUCUCGCUAUUAAAAGUCUAAUGAAAAGAUUCGAUAUGAAAUUUAUUCAUGUCUAUGCUAAGAGAGUGGCUCCAUUGUCCUAUACGUGGCGGGACGGGUCUUUGAUGACUGGUCCGUGGUGCCCACAACAACCAUUUGAGGAUCGUGAGUGUAUGGGACUGAUCGUUGACGACUGGUGUCCGAGCAUGGCCCUUGACGAUAGUUCCUGUACAGACGACAAGAGGCUAUUUUUCUGUGAAUGAUGUCUGAAGGAUAAUCACCCCAGCCGAUCAAAAAUGUAAUCACAUGGAUCUCUGAACAAUACCUCCGAGAGAAAUCUUUGUCCCUUUGUGAAUUUUAAGAUGGCAAAACUUAAAAAAGAUUUUACAUAUUACUAGAAUAUGCCUGUAUUUAAUUUAUUCUUGUGAUUUAAAGAAAAUCAGAUAUUUAGAUAUAGAGUUCUUAGAAUUGCAUUUCAGCUUCAUUUUAUGGAAAUCGGAUAUUUAUAUACAGAGUUCUUAGAAUUGCAUU